GGGGGCUGUCGGGGGCUGUCAGGGGCUGUCGGGGGCUGUCAGGGGCUGUCAGGGGCUGUCAGGGGCUGUCAGGGGCUGUCAGGGGCUGUCGGGGGCUGUCAGGGGCUGUCGGGGGCUGUCGGGGGCUGCCGGGGGCUGUCGGGGGCUGUCGGGGGCUGUCGGGGGCUGUCAGGGGCUGCCGGGGGCUGUCGGGGGCUGUCGGGGGCUGCCGGGGGCUGC